AUGUUCUCCUCGGCCCUUAAAUCCAUCUCCGCUACCAACAUCACAGCGAACUACUCCGUCUCCCCGAAUCCCACUUCCACUGCUGGUCCAUGGAAGAUCUACGAUGCUAAAAAGAAAUCCACCGGCAAGGCCUACAGUGUCUUUGUCUUUGACAAGAAGGCCCUAGAAUCCCAUGGCAACUCUUUGGGCCGGUCCGGUGCCUCCGGCUUCAAGCGCACCGUGGAGGAGGUUGUCGAGCGCCUGAAAAAGGAAGCCUCCAGCUUGGCAAAGCUUCGACACCCCUCGAUCCUAGAGCUAGUCGAACCGGUCGAGGAUACGAGAGGCGGUGGUUUACAGUUUGUGACCGAGGCUGUAUCUGCGUCACUAUCUAGUGUACUCCAAGAGAAGGAUGAUCAAGAGCGUUCUGGAGGGAGGUCCAGCCGGUUUGUCACAGAAGAUGCAGAUGGGGUUAGAAGGCGGCGGGAGAUUGAGAUUGACGAGCUGGAAAUUCAGAAGGGCCUAUUGCAAGUUAGCAAAGCACUUGAAUUUCUUCACGAGAACGCCGGUCUUGUCCACUGCAACUUGACACCAGAUGCAGUCCUAAUCAAUGCCAAGUCUGACUGGAAGAUUAGCGGUCUGUCGUUUUGCAGCCCUGCCGAUAACUCGACGAAGCCGACUUCUAUCCAGGGCAUAAAUUUGGGAGAGGUUUUAAACAUGGAUCCUCGUUUACCGAAAUUCGUCCAGCUCAACCUCGAUUAUACUUCUCCCGACUUCGUCAUGGACAAUAACCUGACCCCAGCAGCCGAUAUGUUUUCCCUAGGCUUGCUUUCCAUUGCUCUGUACAACUCGCCACACAAAUCGCCCCUCGAAAGUCACGGCAGUCUCUCAUCGUACAAGAGGCUGUUUUCAUCAUCAUCGACUGUACCGUCGGCAACCAACAACUUUCUGUCGUCUCAUCCCUUGCCUAAAGACUUAUCAAACCAUGUUCUUCCUAGACUGAUUACCAGACGACCAGCUCAACGGAUGACAGCCCACGAAUUUCAAGAAAGCGAGUAUUUUGACAAUGUUUUAGUAUCGACGAUACGGUUCCUCGAUUCGUUCCCGGCUAAGACUCCAAAUGAAAAGUCGCAAUUCAUGAGGGGAUUGAAUAAGGUAUUGCCGUCUUUUCCAAAGUCUGUGAUGGAAAAGAAGCUUCUGCCGGCACUUUUGGAAGAGCUCAAAGACAAGGAUCUACUUUCCUUGAUUCUUCAAAAUGUGUUCAAGAUUAUUGAACUGCUCCCGUCUGCUCGACGAGCAUUUGGGGACAAGGUUCGUCCGGCGUUGAAGGACAUCUUCGUGGUCAAUGCGAAGCAAGGCCAGGAGAAAGACCCAGCUCGAGAUGCUGGAUUGAUGGUGUUUCUGGAGAACGUGUCACUCGCGGCUGACAAUUCCUCCGGCAAGGAGUUCAAGGACGAUAUCCUUCCAGUAAUAUUGGCUGCUAUCGAGUGUCCUACGCCUUCAAUCGUAGACGCCGCACUUAGAAUGCUGCCGUCGAUCCUGCCCGUCCUCGACUUCAGCACCAUCAAGAACGAACUCUUCCCAGUGGUGGCCAUGGUCUUUAGUAAAACAAACAGUCUGGCAAUCAAAGUGCGCGGCUUGCAAGCGUUUGUCAUUCUUUGCGGCGGUUCGACUGACGCAGCAGCCGACGACGGGCUCAACGGACUAAUUGAGAAUAAAAAGAAGACAUCCUCGUCUAGCGCAUUGGACAAGUAUACCAUGCAGGAGAAGAUUGUCCCUCUAAUCAAGGCUAUCAAAACAAAGGAGCCAGCUGUCAUGAUGGCAGCACUCAAUGUGCUGCGCAUAGUAGGCGAAAAUGCAGAUGCCGACUUUGUAGCAAUGGACAUUCUGCCUAUUCUGUGGAGCAUGAGUCUUGGACCGCUGCUCGACCUGCGCCAGUUCCAGACAUUCAUGGAACUAAUCAGAAAUCUAUCCAAGAGGGUUGAGGAUGAACAAACCAGGAAACUACAGGAGUUGUCUGGCACGACAAACGCAGGCACCGCAGGUCCCAACGAAGACUUUCUCGCAUUCGGCGGCGUCACAGGCACCACAUUUGAUAGCACCGCAGGCGGAAACGAGGAUGAUUUUGAAGCUCUCGUGAAAGGCAAAGGCGGCAUGUCAGCAUCAUCAACCAGCAAUAACAACGGCUUCCCCAGCUGGGAUGACACUCCGUCUGUCAUGGCAUCCUCCAAGGCCACCGCCACCGUCAAGAGUUCAUCUAACACGCCAAAGACACCAUCCUUCUCAUGGUCAACGCAAAACCCUACCAGCCCUACCACAACAUCCAAUCCCGCCAUGGGCAACAGCCAACCUAGUUUCCGUACCGUCACCCCCGACCUCGCUCGAUUCAGCACCCUCGCCCCAUCAUCAACCCAAUACAGCCAGCCGCUGCAGCCAACCCAGCCGGCACAAUCAUCCUUCCCGCCUCCUCCGCAAACCUCUUCAACAAUCAACUGGUCUGCCUCCGCAGCCGCAACCGCCAACCCAUGGGCUUCACCCGCACCAAACUACUCCAACUUUUCCAGCCACACGCCCACCCAAUCAGGCUCCAGCUUCGGCGGCAUGAACACAUCCAUGUCCAACAUGUCCCUUGGACAACAGGCACGCCCUUCACUCGGCGGCGGCGGUGACUCACGGAACUCUUCGUUCUCGCUGCCUCCCCCUCCAGGCAGCAGUUCCUCGCCCAAUACGUCGUUUAGUAUCAAGCCGCCUCCUGCACAGAGUAGCUGGGCCGCAGCAAGUCAGAAACCUGUGGGAACGAUGGGUUCGGGCUCAGGUCAGAAUAACAAUAGUGGUCAAAAGUCGUCUGGGUUAGAUAAGUAUCAGAGUUUGAUUUAG